UCCAAAGUCCCAAUCAGAGAUUUGUAGUGGGGGGAAAACCGCAGAGCCGAAGAGAGGAGAGGAGAGGAGAGAAGAGAAGACAAGAGAAGAGCAGAGCAGAGAAGAGCAGAGCAGAGAAGAGAAGAGCAGAGCAGAGCAGAGAAGAGAAGAGCAGAGAAGAAGAGAUGACCUCCAGUGAAGUCCGGAUGCCCGCGGAGGGGAAGUGCGACCCGGCGGCGCUCGUUGCGUCUCUCCAUCUGACGCCGUGCCCGGUGGCGGAGCCGCAGAUCACCUACACCCAGCUUUUCAUCAACAACGAGUGGCAGGACUCUGUUAACGGGAAGGCCUUCCCCGUUUACAACCCGGCCACCGGAGAACAGAUCUGUGAGGUCCAGGAAGCAGAAAAGGCUGAUGUGGACAAGGCAGUGCAGGCCGCCCGCCUGGCCUUUUCCUUCGGCUCGGUAUGGCGGAGAAUGGAUGCGUCCGAGAGGGGCCGACUGCUGUCCAAACUGGCUGACUUGGUGGAGAGAGACAGCCUGUAUCUCGCAACUGUCGAGUCACUGGACAGUGGGAAACCAUUCCUCCCCACCCUGUUUGUUGACCUCCAAGGAACCAUUAAGACGCUCAGAUACUUUGCUGGAUAUGCAGACAAGAUCCAUGGCACCUCCAUUCCAAUGGAUGGAGACUACCUGACGUUCACCAGAUACGAGCCCAUCGGAGUUUGUGGACAGAUCAUCCCGUGGAACUUCCCCCUGAUGAUGACAGCAUGGAAGCUGGGUCCGGCGCUAGCAUGUGGGAACACUGUGGUCCUCAAACCGGCUGAGCAAACCCCACUCACCUGCCUCUACAUGGGGGCGCUCAUCAAGGAGGCCGGCUUUCCACCGGGAGUCAUCAAUAUUUUGCCAGGAUUCGGGCCAACAGCAGGAGCUGCGAUUGCCUCUCACAUGGGCAUAGACAAAGUGGCUUUCACAGGAUCAACCGAGGUUGGCAAGCUGAUCCAAGAAGCAGCUGGGAAGAGUAAUCUGAAGAGAGUAACGCUGGAGCUUGGAGGAAAGAACCCAAACAUCAUAUUCGCAGAUGCUGAUAUGGACCUAGCAGUGGAACAGGCCCACCAGGGAGUUUUCUUCAAUGCAGGCCAGUGCUGCACGGCUGGCUCUCGCAUCUUUGUAGAGGAGCCAAUCUAUGAGGAGUUUGUUAGAAGGAGCGUGGAGCGAGCCAAGAGGAGGAGAGUCGGCAGCCCCUUCGAUCCCACCACUGAACAGGGCCCACAGAUCAGCCAGGAGCAGCAGAGCCGUGUGCUGGAGUUCAUCCAGAGUGGCAUCAGUGAAGGAGCCAAACUGGAGUGUGGAGGCAAAGCGCUGGGCCUGAAGGGGUUCUUCAUCGAGCCCACUGUCUUCUCCAACGUGAGGGAUGACAUGCGAAUCGCCAAGGAGGAGAUUUUUGGACCCGUACAACAGAUAAUGAAGUUCAAAACUAUUGAAGAGGUGAUUGAAAGAGCCAACAACACGGACUAUGGCUUGGUUGCUGCUGUAUUUACCAAUGACUUCAACAAAGCCAUAACCAUAUCCACAGCCAUGCAGGCUGGCACCGUCUGGAUAAACUGCUUCAAUGCCCUCAGCACACAGUGUCCAUUUGGAGGAUAUAAAAUGUCUGGCAAUGGACGUGAAUUGGGAGAGAGUGGCCUGAGGGAGUACUCAGAGGUGAAGACCAUCACCAUGAAGAUGGUGGCCAAAAGCUCUUAAGCCAGCCAAGGUUGUGAUGUUUCUCACUAACUCCCUCCGUGGUUGGCCCGUCCAUGGUGGUAAACCACAUUAACCAUCCCAACUAGUCAUCUCCAUGGAUAACUACAUGCUGUGACCGCUGGCUGCUCCCCAGCCUCUCCGCCGACACUCUGCUUGCCAUGGAAAGCCACUUUAGUCCUUGCCCAGCAGUAUUCUUCUGCCGUGAAGCCUCGCGGGCAGUCUUUUGUUCUAAUUCAUACCUACAAGCACCCAAAAAGCCCCGUAAGCCUCCUUCACUAACUACACUAAAGCACUCAAAGAGAUGAUGGGGGAGGCUGUUCUGUCUCUGCGACCCCCGAAGACCCCCCACACACCAUACCCCCCCAAAGAUGGAUACGUAGAGAUUAAAAAAAUAAAAAAUAAAAAAAAGUUGUCCAUUUAUCUCUAUGUUAGCAAUUUGUAAUUAUGUUGGGAGGCAUUAUGGUUUUGAUGUACUGUAGUGUAUCAUGUCAAGAACAUCAUACUAAAAUGUAUAUAUCAUUAUUUUGGAAGACUAAAUGCAAGCAUAUCAGCUCAUUUAUGACCACUGAAGUUGUCAGCCUCAGAUAUAAAUGGUUGAGUCCAUUUAGAAUGUUAAUUCAGAACUAAAUUUGAUCUUUUCUUGUCUUUGUUUAUAUUUUAGCUUUUAUGACCUAACACUGUAUGUCAACCUUUGACUGAUGUAAACCUAAAAGCAAGACUUUAGCCUCUGAAAAGCAUUUUACUCGUCACUGCUAGAAGAGGAGUAAAUGUAUUUUAAACAUUAUGUAACAGAUUUUCAUUGACGUCUGUGUAUGUUCAUGUUUUUAUAAUCAUAUACUAUGAAAUUAUAAGAGCUAAAAAGUGACCAUAGUUUUUUUUUCAGUAAAAACUUUUUUUCCUUUAAAACUCUUUUCAUUGUGUGUUCACUACAGUGUCAUAGAAGAUAAUAUAUUUGUGAUAUUUACAGUGUUACAUGCAUCAGGGCUGUUUCUACAUUCCUGUCCUCGAGUCCUCUCCUCACUUCCACACAGUUAAAAGACUCGUAUUUGCCAGAGAUCUGAGCCACAUGUCUCAUUUCAUGAUAACAAAUCUGCUGCUAAAACGUACAAACCUGGUUCAAAUUCAGGUGAUAUUUAAUUAUUUGUAUUUGAGAAUGAUUAUUUUUGAUGUAUUUGAAGUAUUUGCCAAUAAACUGGCCCAAACAGGUGAUUUUUCAAUGAAAUAUUUGUCACUUCCGAAUACAUUUAUCAUACGUAGGACUUCUAAAUUAAUUUAUUGUAACACUGUAUGUACUUUUUCGAGGUAUUUGAUUUAAUCCAGCACGUAAAAGGUAGAUUUUAUAAAAACAUGUUUCCCA